AUGACAGGAGCUGCGUGGAGCGCUUGUGUGGCGGCGGCGCUGUCGAAGGUGGGGGGUGUGGUUGGCGGCGUGGUGGUCAGCCUCCUUCUGUACCGAAUACUCUUCCAUCCGCUGAACCGUUUCCCCGGCCCAUGGGCGGCCCGCGUAAGCGACCUGUGGCUAUCCAUACAACUUGGGCGCCACGAUAUGCACACACAAAGCGUGCGACUCCAUCAGCAGCACGGUGACUUUGUACGCAUCGGCUCGUCAACGCUGAUGAUAGCCCACCCGCUGGCGGUCGCAGCCAUCCAUGGGCCUGACAGUGCGUGUCGAAAAGCAGCCAUGUACGACUUCGAGCAGCCCAACCGUGGAAUUGCAACACGUGACGGGCGCCUGCACGCGGCUCGCCGGCGGCUGUGGAGUCGUGGAUUUGGCGACAAGGCGCUCCGCGGAUACGAAACACGCAUCGCCGUCUACGUCGACAUGGUGCUGGAGCGCCUUGCGGGGGCGAGCGCGGCGGGCACCUCGGUGUCGGUCGUGCGGCUGACGGAGCACUUCGCCUUCGACGUUAUGGGUGAUUUGGGCCUGGGCCAGGACUUUGGCAUGCUGCAACACGACCGCCAGCACCCGGCUGUCGAGCAGCUGGUGCAAGGAAUGGCCAUCAUGGGUCUGCGGCUGCCCAUGUGGUUGAUGCGCCUCAUCAUCGACGUCGCCCAGUCGCUGGUGCCCACCGAGGCCUCGACUGGCUUCCUGACCUUCUGCUACACCCAUCUCGAGCGGCUGAUGGCCGACGAGGGUCGAUUUAACCGUCCCAGCCUCAUGGCCCCACUGCUCGCCCACUACGAGCAGCAGUCGCCUGCCGAGCGUGACUUGUCCGCCCUGCGUAAUGACUGCCGUUUCAUCGUCAUUGCAGGCAGCGACACCGUCGCCGCUACCCUGGCCUUUCUCUUCUUUUACCUUGCCCGCCAUCCAAAUCACGUGGCCAAGCUACGGGCUGAGCUGCUCCCUUUUCGCAGACCCGACAGCACCUUUGCCCACCAAGACAUUGCCAAUGCCGUUCACCUCAAUGCCCUCAUCAGCGAAACGCUGCGUCUGCACCCCCCAGCCUCGACCUUGAUGCGUACCACACCGCCUGAAGGUAUACGCGUUGCUGACACUUACAUUCCUGGCGAUAUGACCGUCUUUUCUUCGCAGUUCGUCAUUGGCCGCUCCGAAGCCGUCUACCAGCAUGCAGCCCAGUUUUGCCCAGAGCGGUGGUAUUCCCAGCCCGAGCUGAUCAAGCACCCUGCCGGCUAUGCUCCCUUCUCCAUUGGUAGCCACAGCUGUCUCGGACGGCCGCUCGCCCUCAUGGAAAUGCGCUUGCUGAUCGCUGCGUGCGUGUCGAGCUACGACGUGACGUUUACGCCAGCAUUCGAUCCCACCGUAUUUCUGAAUAGCGUGCAGGACUGCAUGUCGUGGCACCUGGGAAAACUAGACCUUCGCUUUACUAAGCGUGUUUGA